AUGGCAACUGAAUACACUUAUCCAGAGAUCGAGUUGUUUGUCAAGGCUGGUGGAGACGGUGAAAGCAUCGGAAACUGCCCAUUCUCCCAGCGGCUCUUUAUGAUCCUUUGGCUUAAAGGUGUGAUAUUUAACGUCACCACAGUUGACCUGAAGAGGAAGCCUGCCGAUUUGCAAAAUCUGGCUCCUGGCACCAAUCCUCCAUUUUUGACCUUUAAUGGAGAAGUCAAAACAGAUGUUAACAAGAUUGAAGAAUUCCUGGAAGAAAAGUUGGCCCCACCAAGGUAUCCAAAGCUUUCUGCCAGGCAUCCAGAGUCUAAUUCCGCAGGAGACGACGUCUUUGCCAAAUUCUCAGCGUACAUUAAGAACACCAGGAAAGACACAAAUGACAGUUUGGAAAAGGCCUUGCUGAAAGCUCUGAAGAAAUUGGAUGAUUAUUUAAAUGCACCUUUACCUGAAGAGAUCGACUCUAAUAGCACAGAGGAAGAGCUUUAUUCGAACAGGAAGUUCCUUGAUGGGGAUGACUUGACCCUGGCAGAUUGUAACCUCCUGCCAAAGCUUCACAUUAUCAAGAUUGUAGCAAUGAAAUAUCGAAAUUUUGAGAUCCCAAAGGAAAUGACUGGAAUUUGGAGAUACCUGAAAAAUGCUUAUGAGAGGGAGGAAUUUGUAAAUACGUGUCCUGCUAAUCGUGAGAUUCAGAUCGCAUACUUGGAUGUUGCAAAGAGGAUGAAAUAA